AUGAAGUCUUCUCUGACCUUUACGGUGCAGCACGCGGUUGUUCCAGUGCUUGGAUGCAGCUUGCUCUUCCCCGUCCGCCGCGUCUACUGCGUUGGGCAGAACUACGCGGACCACGCCAAAGAAAUGGGCGGCGUGACGUCCAAGACCAAUCCUUUCUUCUUCAGCAAGCCUCCGGACGCCGUGGUCAGCUGCGCCACAAACCACGCGGCGGCGAUGGAGGUCGACGUCCGGUAUCCACCUUUGACCAGUAACUACCAGCAUGAGGUGGAGCUGGUGGUCGCCAUCGGCGAAAAGCCCAGUGGCGGGGCGAGGUACGGUGCCAUCUCGCCGAGGGAGGCGCACGACAUCAUCUACGGCUACGCAGUUGGUCUCGACCUGACACGGCGGGACCUGCAGUUGGCAGCGAAGGAGAAUGGAAAGCCGUGGGACUUGGCGAAGGGCGCUGACGAGAGCGCCCCAAUCUCGGCCAUUGUGCCCGUGGAGCUCCUUCGAAAGCAGGACGCCGCCCUGUUUUACGCGACGGAGGAGAACCGCCGGCAGGCGAUGGAAGCCAAAGUCCAGAAGGAGCCUACUGUGCUUUCUCGGGGCAGCAUCGAGCUGCGGGUGAACGGGGAGUGUCGGCAAAAGGGCGACCUCUCAUCGUUUGUCACCCCCAUCGACGAGCUGCUCUCUAUCUUGUCGCACGCCGUGGAGCUGGCACCCGGCGACCUCGUCUUCACGGGAACCCCGUCGGGCGUUUCUGCCGUGAAACCCGGUGACGAGAUCCGGGCAGCAAUUGAAGGCGUUGGCGAGCUUACGGCGCGGCUGCACUAA